UCAAAAAAAUUUAAGAAAUAAAAAAUUUCAAUCUUUUAAUGAAUCUGUUGAUAUUCCUACAGACUCAAAUGCUAGCAUUACUAUUAAAUAUGAAAUUAAACAACACACACCUGCUGGUCAAAAGCUACAAAUGCAGCCACCAACACCUUUAAUGUUCAGUGAAAUGAGCAUUGAAGACCCUGAUAAAAUUUGGGAAAGUGUAAAUUCGAAACUUCAUUCUGUUUUUGGAUAUGGUGAAAAGUUAGAGACUACUAACACUUUCGGUAAAGAGUUGAAACAAUUAGAAAAUUUUAAUGAAGUUCAAAAACCUUCAAUUGCCGAUGCAUUACUUUCUUCAGGUGUAGAAGUAACUCAUACAACAAAUCAAUUGGUAAUAAGCGAAAAUAAUAAUAGUAUUGAAUUUGGAAAAUUGAAUCAUUUUCUUAAUCUAACAAAAGCAUAUACAGCACUUCAAAAGUUAGUUAUACAAGAUCCGCUAAGAGAAAAUAAAAGUAAAACAAUUAAGUAUAAAAUAGCAAAUAGUAUUCCAUUAGGUGAAAAAUCAACCUCAAAAAUUGAUAAUGCAGAUGGUUUAGAUGAUUCAGAUGAUUUGGAUGAUAACAAUAGACUUGAAAGCAAAAAUAAUGAUCAUGUAUAUGAUAAUUAUGAAGACAAUGAAAGAA